CCUCAGUCGUCAUACGAAAGUAUGAGUUACCGUAAAGUGUGAAGCCUGAACAAGAGUCAUUCAUUCGCGAUCAGUCACUCAUACAAGUCGCUGCGAACUGACGUCACGCUGUUAUAGUUCACCAGUCGCGACAUGAACUCAACUCAAUAAAAUAUAUGCGAAAUGUCUCGCGCGUCCGCUUUCAAAACAAUCUUCUGAACGAAAAUGACGAAAUACAAACUUAACAAUACAGUCCGGUCGUCUUCUGAAGUGACAUUAACAUCAUACAUGACCGGCAAUAUGGAAAGAAAGGACAAUGUAUACCAAAUACCACUGGAAGAUGCGAACUCGGACAGAUGUAAUAUAUGCCCGAACUGUGAAUAUAUAGACGAGAACCAACUUGCCGCGUCUUUGCAGAAAUCGUGCGAUAAGUUUGGACUCAAUGAACUCAAGGUUGAGGGUCUGGAAGAUGGGUGUUUGUGUGAGAAAUACAAUGGUGGUUGUAAGUUGUGUCCUCGCUCCAGUCCUGCGCCGACCCUCACCAUAAACCUGGAGAGUAGUCAGGGGAAACAGUGCCUCUCAUGUCAUGCUACCACUCUCUACCCCAGUUCUAAUGGCCCCUAUCCGAAUCCCGAUUAUCCAGAGAAGAAAAACCAAAGAUGGAAGAGCAACUUGUCUAAACGCGCAAGGUCAUGUUGCUCCAAGAAGACGAUACUCCGACGGCUGCCCAUCCUGAGUUGGCUGCCAAACUACAGCUUCAGAAGCGGCUUAGCCGAUGCCAUUGCAGGUUUAACAGUGGGGCUCACAGUGAUCCCACAAGCCAUCGCCUACGCGGGGGUUGCUGGUCUACCUCCGCAGUACGGCCUCUACUCCUCGUUCAUGGCCUGCUUCGUCUACACGGUCUUCGGCUCCGUGAAGGAUUCUGCAAUAGGACCGACCGCGAUAGCCGCCAUACUGACUAGGGAAAACCUGCACGGCCUUGGACCGGAGUUCGCAGUUCUGUUGGCUUUUCUGUCCGGAUGCGUCGAACUCAUCAUGGGCAUAUUGCAAUUGGGCUUCCUCAUUGAUUUCAUCAGCGGCCCGGUGUCCGUCGGUUUCACAUCAGCAGCUGCGAUCAUUAUAGCCACCACACAAGUGAAGGACAUCCUCGGCCUCAGCUUUCCUGGUGGAAAGUUUCUUCAGGUGUGGACUGGUAUUUACGAGCACAUAGGAGAGACAAGACUUUGGGAUACAGUUCUAGGACUUUUAUGUAUCAUCGUGUUGCUAUUGCUAAGGAAAGUGAAAGACAUAAAAUUGGGUGACUCUUCCGACGACAUCAGCGAAGUAGCUGGUCUAUCGGAGACUGUUAGCACAAGCAGUAGAAUCCGAGCUGGGGUCUCCCAGGCGCUCUGGUUCCUGUCCACCACCAGGAACAUCCUCGUAGUCCUGUUGUGCUCAGGACUUGCCUACUACUUCGAUACUAAGAACAAGACGCCAUUUGUGUUAACUGGGACUGUGAAACCAGGGUUGCCAGAGUUCUCCCCGCCACCGUUCUCGGCAACCGUCGGCAACCACACUUACACCUUCACGGAGAUGACGUCAACCCUCGGGUCCGCCAUCUUUGUGGUCCCGUUACUUUCAAUAUUGGAGAACAUUGCCCUGGCCAAGGUCUUCUCGGAAGGUAAAUAUGUCGACGCAACUCAAGAGAUGGUGGCGCUAGGAGUGUGUAAUAUCGUGUCGUCCGUCGUGGAUUCUAUGCCAGUGUCGGGCGCGCUCUCCCGGGGCGCUGUCAACCACGCUUCUGGGGUCGCCACACCAGCUGGUGGGAUAUACACUGGAGUACUAGUCUUGUUGGCCUUACAGUAUUUCACGCCCUACUUCUACUACAUCCCGAAGGCCUCACUGGCCGCUGUCAUCAUUGCAGCGGUUGUCUUCAUGAUGGAGUUACACGUUUUCAAGCCUAUAUGGAGAACCAAGAAACUAGAUAUAAUUCCCGCCGUGGUCACCUUCGCAACCUGUCUCCUCGUUCGCCUGGAGCUGGGCAUCGUGUGCGGUAUUGCCGUCAACCUGCUGUUUCUACUCUACGCCUCCGCCAGACCUUCUGUCAGGGUCACCAGGGCAGUGUCGAGCGAUGGCGUACCGUACGUCCUGGCGACGGUAGAUCGCGCGCUGUCGUUCCCGUCGGCCGAGUACGUGCGGCGCGCUAUCCGCAAGGCGCCCGCAGACGCUCCCCUCGUACUUGACGCGCACCACGUGCAGGGCGCAGACUUCACCGCAGCCAAGGGUAUCAAAUCAUUGAUAGACGACUUCCAUGCCAGAGACCAGACGAUAAUAUUUUACAACGUGAAGCCUUCCAUAGCCGAGGUCUUCCGAGGGGUGAGGCCUCGUGAGUUUCUGCAUUGUGCACACAGAGCCGAACUCGACAGGAUACUACUUAAUAUAUCUAGAGGCAUUAAGCAGCCGUAACUUGAAACAAUCGAGAGGAGAAAUUAAGUUCCUGUGUUUAGACAAAUUAUUUUAAGUAAAUUAAAAUAUACUAAAGCUGUAGCCCUAUAAAUGUAUUCCAUUUGAGUGUUCAACAUGUUCGCGGUAUAUAGUCUACAGUUAACAUUGCGUUGUCUACAUUUCCGCCAUUGUAUGAGCGAGAUGGAUAGAUAAUUCCAAGUGCGCAAAAAGGAUUAGUAGUACGGGGUCAUCGACCGAAAUUUCAUGUAGCGCGGCCGUUAUUUAGCAGAAAAUUUUGAAUUAUUUCUAAGACAUAUUUAUUGGUACAAAAUAUUGUAUGUGAUAGUACGUCAUAUUGUGAUUUAGAAAUAAAAUGUAUAGAAAAAUAUGAAUAAGGUGCUAAUCGACUUACUGCCUAAUAAGUAGCUAAUUAGUAAAUUGAUAACUCGUCCAGGAGUAAUUUUUUUCAUUGAUUACUACGUACUACUAUUAUAUGUUAUUCAAAUAUGACGUUAUUUUAUUAUUCAGAUUAGAAUGUUAAAAAUAUGUAGUAGAAUGGAACUGUUUUUAUGAUGUGAAUUUAAAGAUGGCAUAUAGCUUUUGGAUAGCCUUGGACACAAAUAUGGUAUAAAAAAUAUAUUAUGUAUAACAGCGUGUAUAUUUAACGCAUGAUCUUUUUAUGAAUAAUAUACAAUAUUCAAACAGUAUUACACCAUAGAUUAUGAAUUAAAUCAUUUAA